ACGUCAAGAAUGUUAAAUUUCGUUUUCCUAACAAGUAACGGAAAAGGUUAAAUCCCCAUGAAUUUGCGACCUAGCCUCUGGGGGCGUAUUCUACGUUUCGAAAACCACCGACUGCAUUUAAGUUUACAACGAAUCACUUGUGUCCCCAUUUCAUUUAUUUUGUCGGAAGACCAUCCGAAAAGUUUGUAUCCAUCGCACGCGAACUUGUGCCAAGAAGAGAUAUGCAAUCCUCAAAAGGGUGGUACCGUGCAAAAGAUUCCCAACAUGGCAGGGGUUGCCCUCCCCAGGAGCUGCGGCUGGUGUUGGUGGGGAAGACGGGGACAGGGAAGAGCGCGACAGGCAACACAAUUCUGGGUGAGGAGCGGUUCAAAUCGGAGCUGUGUAUGAGCUCAGUGACUGGGGGCUGUGAGAAGGCUCGGGGAACGGUGCUGGGGCGGAAAGUGACACUGGUGGACACGCCCGGCCUGUUCGACACCUCACUCUCCCAGCAGGACGUGCAGGAUGAAAUCCUGCGGUGUUUGGCCAUGUCCGCUCCAGGACCGCACGCCAUACUCCUGGUGCUGCAGAUCGGCCGCUUCACUGAGGAAGAGCAGCGCAGCGUGGAGAUCAUCCAGACCAUCUUCCAGAGCGAUGCUGCCCAAUACACCAUCCUCAUCUUCACCCAUGCCGACAAGCUGAAGGGAGACUCUUUCCAGAACUUCAUCUCCAAGCAAGGCAAAAUAAUUCAGGACCUGGUGGAGCGAUUUGACCGGAGGGUCCUGCCCUUCAACAAUGAGGACAGGGAGGAUCACGGCCAGGUGGCAGACCUGCUGGAGAUGAUCAACCGCAUGCUUGCACAGAGAGAGAAACCCUAUUUCACUAACCAGGCCUUCCAGAAAAUGGACCAGGCCCUGGAAGUCUAUAAGCAUGAACAUCUGGAGAGAAAACAGGAAGAAAUAGAAAGAGAGAAGAAGCAUGCUGCUGCAGAGUGGGAAGUGGUUUGGGCAGACUUCUCCAGCCAGAUGAACAAGGAGAAACAGCAGUCUGAGGUGAAGAAGAGACGCAUCGAGCAGAGCAUAAAGACACUGAGUACAAGGAAGGCAGAAGUGGAGCAACAGCUUGAGGUGGAGACCAAGAAGCUAAAACAGUUGGAACAGCUGGAGAAGGCCAGGAGACAGGAAGAAAAAGAGUACAGGAAGUUUAUCGAUUCUGAAAUCAAACGGGUGGAGAAAGAGAUCGAUGACAGAUAUUCUGAGAGUGCACGGGAGGAAGCAGAGAGCUCCAAUGACUUCCUCCGCAGAUAUGCGUGGCUGAUUCUGGGAGGGGCCGCGCUCGUGGCAACUGGGGUGGGAAUUGGGGCAGGAGCCGCAGUGAUGGCUGCUGCAGCUCCUGCAGCUGCAGCUCCUGGAGGGCUUGCUGGUGCAGCUGCAGCAGCUGCUGCCAUGGCUGCAGAGUUCGGACCAGCAGCAGCAGCUGUGGCUGCAAAGGUGGGCCCUCUCCUUGCAGCACAGUGCUCAAUUCAGUGAUCCAACGCUGAUGCAGUCUGCAGUGAAAGCCUUGUUUCCUCUAAAGUGGCCUCAUGCAACCUACAGGGAAACUCCUGUCCAGUGACUCUGAUGAAGUCUGCGGAGAAAAUUGUUUUGUAUUCUCAUCUACAGUAAAAUUCUCCUUUCCUGCAUAAUUCAUUUUUCCAAACAGACUUAAACUUUUAUUUAAUCUUUACAAUAUCUAGCACGUAGCAUAUGUCAAACAAAAAAAUGUUGUGCUGUGCUGUGUGCUAGAUAUUAGCAUACCUUUUUGAUUUUAUUCAUCCUGUAUUUGUAUUCCAGUUAUCAUAUGUUACAUGCUGAAUGCUCUCUGUCUUUAAAAGAAUGGUGAAAGGGUUUAACAUAACAUUUAGAUUAAAUUAAAUAAAGUUAAAUUGAGUGAAAUCUCCACAUUUAUUUUAGAUAUGUAAUCAAGCAAUUCACAUGUAGUUAAUGUGCAGGUUCUCAGCUUUUAUUAAAAGGGUACUUUCAUUCAUUUCGUACUCACCAUGUAGAAAUUGCAGCACUUUUUUAUACAGUGCUGUGAAAAAGUAUUCGCCCCCUUCCUGAUUUCCUCUGUUCUUUAAUAUUUGUCACACUGACUAGUUUCAGAUAUUUAGACAAAAUGUAAUAUUAGACAAAGGCAAACUGAGUAAACACAAGACGCAUUUUGAAAUGAUUAUUUCUUUUAUUUAAUGAAAAAACAGUUAUCAAACUCCCAUAUCACUUGUGUGAAAAAAAAGUAAUUUUUGGUCAGCCAAUCAACAAAUUAACUAAAUUAAAUUAAUAAAUAUAGCGAUAUUGGGGGCCAAGCAUCCAGGAUUAUCUGCAGAGCAACUUCAAUUUGUAUCUUUCUGAGUUUUCUGCAAAAAUGUAAAAGAAAUUAUGCAUCAAUUUAGUAGCCUUCGCACCACAGUUGUGCUGCUGGGGUGCACUGCAUGCUGCAGUGGGAGAGGGAGAUGAGCAGAGUGUGCAAGGUUCAGUUGUUUGUUCCUCUCAGUCUGGCACAUGCACACUUAAUGGCCUAAUGGCGCUGGACCACCAGCCCAUUUGCCCCUCUAGAGCAAAAGUGUUCCUCGAGUUGUAUGUAAUAUGACCCUAAACUCUUAAACUCUUAUUAAAUUUAUUAUUAGCAUUGUUACAUGUCAUUAUGAUUGUCAAUUGUGUAUGUUUUCACUGGUAGCAAAAUAAAUAAAUACAAUUAUUAUAUUAUAA